AUGCGCACUCCGACGCCCGCGGGGGGGGGGGCCCGCCAGCAGCAGGGAACCCGCCUUCCGCCCUGAGCCCAGGAUGAAAGAGUGGUGGAUUCAGGUGGGGCUGCUGAGCGUACCCCUCCUUGCUGUCUACCUGCACAUCCCUCCGCCUAAGCUGUCCCCAGCCCUUCACUCAUGGAGGGCGUCAGGAAGGUACUUCACAUACAAGACCCAGAACAUCUUUUACAGAGAUUCAUCAGGUGCACUCGGCAGUUCAGAUAUUGUGGUUCUGUUACACGGCUUCCCAACCUCCAGCUAUGAUUGGUACAAGAUUUGGGAAGGGCUGACCCAGCGAUUUCACAGGGUGAUCGCUCUGGAUUUUGUAGGAUUUGGUUUUAGUGACAAGCCUAGGCCCCAUCACUAUUCCAUUUUUGAGCAGGCCAACAUCGUCGAGGGGCUGCUGGGGCACCUGGGUCUCCGAAAUCAGAGGAUCAACCUCCUGUCUCAUGACUAUGGAGACACAGUUGCGCAGGAACUGCUCCACAGGUAUGAACACAAUAAAACUGGAUGUGUCCUGAUCAAUAGCCUUUGUUUAUCCAAUGGAGGUAUUUUCCCAGAAACUCAUUACCCCAGAUUCAUUCAGAAGAUUCUCAAGGAUGGUGGCCUACUGUCCCCCAUCAUCACCCGGCUAAUGAACUACUGCCUCUUCUCAAGAGGACUUGGAGCAGUCUUUGGUCCGUAUACGCAGCCUUCAGCUGCGGAAUACUGGGACAUGUGGACAGCAAUCCGGACAAAUGAUGGAAAUCUUGUUGUUGACAGUAUUUUACAGUAUAUAAAUCAAAGAGAGAAGCACAGAGACCGUUGGAUUGGGGCUCUGACAUCCACCUCUGUUCCAUUGCAUCUAAUCUAUGGGCCCUUGGAUCCUGUAAAUCCAUAUCCAGAGUUUCUUCAGCUCUACAGGAAGGUGCUUCCCAUGUCUACAGUCUCUGUUCUGGAUGACCACAUUAGCCACUAUCCACAGCUUGAAGAUCCUAUGGGCUUCCUGAAUGCAUAUUUGAACUUCAUCAACUCCUUCUGAGCAGCUACGUGGUCUUUCCCUCUCAUGCUUUGGCUCAGAGGUGUUUGGGAAAGAUCCUGCUUUUAUUUCCAGACCGGACACUUACCUUUCCUGUGCAGAGUGAUCUUUGGGUAUGUUAGACUGCUGCAUAUGUGUAAGGAACUGAACCUUUGGACACUGGGAAAGAUUAACCUCGAGGGAGUUGUGAAAGACACUGUGAACAUCCAAGGGAAGUUACUGAUAGUAGUGCUGGUCCUGGGCCAGAAGGGAACUAGUGGUAGGUCACAGGGGGAGGGCUAAUCAUGCUAUUCCAAGACUCCUUCCCUCUCCUUGUGGCCAGAAGAAGCCCGGCCUAUUCCAGGAAGCCACAUGCCAAUUAGCUUGUUUCUAGAACAGUAAGUGGCACAGUAGAUCUUUCUCUUCUCUGAAAGUGCAUUUAACUGAGCUACUGAACAGACAAGUUUUAAAAUGGGAAAAUAUCUACAUUAUAAUUAGUUGUCAGGCAUGGUUACCUAAUUCUUCAUUGGAAGGGCUUGUCUACACAUUAACUAUACUGUUCUAGUUAGGGCAGCAAAAUCCCCUUCGUGUGAAUAGUUAUACUGGGGUAGGAGCACUUCUCUUGGUAGUACUGUCUACAGAAGGGCUUUUACUGGCACAGCAUCUCCCCUGACUAGCCCAGUUAUGCCAGUAAAAUGUAAGUGUGGAACAGUCCUAAAAGGCAAGUUUCCUUAACCACUAUUAGUAGUAGUCAACUCCAUAACAUAGUAAGGGGCAAAUUAAAUUGCACUGUAGCCUCUACAGUGCCAGAAUCAGCCUGAAGCAUAAAGUCAAGAGGGCUCUUUACUUGAAGUGUUAGAUAAAUUGUGUAGUAUACACAUAGCUUAACAAUCCUAAAACUGAUUGCCACUAUUAAAGCAAUAACUACUUAAAACCCCAGGAAUUUAUAAAGUAUUAAAAGCAAGUUUUAAAAAACCCCGAGUAGGGGCUCUGCUGCACACAGAGGCUUUAUGUGACCUCCUACUGGGGAAAAUAGUAUCUUUCCUAAAGAGUUGCAAGUCCUGCCCUUAAAAGGGGCAGUGUUUAACUCAGUUUUAGGCUGAAGGUUCAGAACUGAAGUCAUGUCGUACUUCUAAACUUUACUUAGUUGUUCCAGCACUGAAGUUGUAUGCCCUUCACACAGCACCAGAGGCAGAAACAUGUCAAGCCACAUUGGCAGGACUGAGAACCACUGCUUUUUGCAACUGAACAGAUUUCUAGUUACUAGCAUCCCAUCAAGAGGAAAGGUUUUCCAGUAGGGGCUGCUUUGUGCUGAACUGAGGUUUGUCAGUUGCUAUGGCAAAACUUUUAACGAUUCUAUUUUAUUAGCAACAAUUCAACAACUUGAAACUGGAAUGAUCAAUGUUUAUUUUCUGUUAAUAAAAAUCUGUUUUGACAAAA